GCGCUUCUGGACGCACUGCAGAGGGCGAUGAAGGUGGCUGGAUGAGUGCGCAAAGUAGCAGUGGAAGUUUGGAGGGGGCGCCAUCUUAGCACCAGCGCGCGCCGUAUUGUCACGCUCCGCGCACCGCUCGCACCAGCCGAAGACGGUGCUAUGGAGGAGCUGCACAGUCUGGACCCGCGCCGGCAGGAGUUGCUGGAGGCCAGAUUUCUGGGCGGAGUCAGUGGAAACACAGCGGGCAGCACUGGCAGCGCUAGCGGAGGAACCAAAACCUUGACAAACAACGAAUGUUCCAAUCACAGUUUUGGUAGCUUGGGCUCCUCCAGUGAUAAAGAGUCAGAGGGCUCAGAUGGGAAAAGAGGAAGUUCUCCUGCAUUUUCAACUCCUGAAAAGAAGCACUCUGAAUCAUCACGGGGCAGGAAGAGGAAAGCUGACAUCCAGUCAGAGAGCAGUCAGGGAAAGUCUGUCAUUCGGGGACCCAAAAUUAGUGAUUAUUUUGAUUUUCAGGCUGGUAAUGGGUCCAGUCCAGUAAGAGGUCUUCCACCAGUCAUCCGCUCACCCCAGAACUCACAUUCCCACUCUGCCCCGGGAUCCAGCACCCGGCAGAGCAGCUCGUCCCCCACUAGUCUGUGUUUUGUGGACUCUAUGAUUUCUACGAGACCGAUGGCGGUCAAGAGUGUUCAGACUGACCUGACUGUGGUAAAGCUGGCCACCAUAGAGAGCAAUAAGAACCUGGACCUGGAGAAGAAGGAGGGCAGGAUAGACGAUCUUCUGCGGGCAAACUGUGAUCUUAGGAGACAAAUAGAUGAGCAGCAAAAGCUUCUAGAAAAGUACAAGGAACGUUUAAACAAGUGCAUCACCAUGAGCAAAAAACUUCUGAUUGAGAAGAGCACACAGGAGAAGCAGGCGUGUCGGGAGAAGAGCAUGCAGGAUCGACUGCGUUUGGGUCAUUUCACCUCUGUGAGACACGGAGCCUCGUUUACAGAGCAGUGGACAGAUGGCUACGCCUUCCAGAACCUCGUCAAACAGCAGGAAUGGAUCAUUCAACAACGUGAAGAAAUCGAGAGACAGAGGAAACUGUUAGCUAAGAGAAAGCCACCAUCAGCCAGCAGCUCACAGUCGCCCAGCACCAUCUCUGAGCCCAAACCACGCAAGACCAAGGCUGUGAACGGCGCCGAGAACGACCCUUUCCUCAAACCCAGCCUCCCUCAGCUGCUAACUUUAGCGGAGUACCAUGAGCAGGAGGAGAUCUUCAAACUGAGACUCGGCAAUCUCAAAAAGGAGGAGGCAGAGAUUCAGGCAGAGCUGGAGAGGUUGGAGAGGGUGCGAAAUCUUCACAUCCGAGAGCUGAAACGAAUAAACAAUGAAGACAGUUCACAAUUCAAGGACCAUCCCACCCUGAAUGAGCGCUACCUGCUGUUACAUCUGCUGGGCAGGGGGGGCUUCAGCGAGGUCUACAAGGCGUUUGACUUAAUUGAGCAGCGCUACACUGCUGUGAAGAUUCAUCAGCUCAACAAAAACUGGAGAGAGGAGAAGAAAGAAAAUUACCACAAACACGCCUGUCGGGAAUACCGAAUACAUAAACAGCUGGAUCAUCCCAGAAUAGUGAAACUGUACGACUACUUCUCCCUGGACACAGACACGUUUUGCACGGUUUUGGAGUACUGUGAAGGAAAUGAUCUGGAUUUCUACUUGAAACAGCACAAGCUGAUGUCUGAGAAAGAAGCUCGCUCUAUCGUCAUGCAGAUUGUUAAUGCUCUACGAUACCUGAACGAGAUCAAGCCACCCAUAAUACACUAUGACCUCAAACCCGGGAAUAUUUUACUGGUAGAUGGAAAUGCAUGCGGAGAGAUAAAGAUCACAGAUUUCGGCCUGUCUAAAAUCAUGGACGAUGACAGCUAUGGAGUAGAUGGGAUGGACCUGACCUCACAAGGAGCAGGCACUUACUGGUACUUGCCCCCCGAGUGUUUUGUUGUGGGUAAAGAGCCUCCAAAGAUCUCCAAUAAGGUGGAUGUAUGGUCUGUGGGUGUCAUAUUUUUCCAGUGCCUCUAUGGAAGAAAGCCAUUUGGCCAUAACCAGUCCCAGCAGGACAUCCUGCAGGAGAACACCAUCCUGAAAGCCACAGAGGUUCAGUUCCCUUCCAAACCCGUCGCCAGCAACGAGGCCAAGGCGUUCAUCCGCCGGUGUCUGGCCUACAGGAAGGAGGACCGGUUCGAUGUGCAUCAGCUGGGCAGAGACUCGUACCUGCUGCCUCACAUCAGACGGCCCAGUUCCUCAGGAGCCCUGGCUCCUAACUCCAGCUCCUACUGACCGCAGACACAGCCCGGCUGGAGGAGGACAAGCUCCGGGAAGUUUGAUGAACAUUUGGAAAGAGAAUGAAGACAAAGAAAGCAUGAAUAUUCAGACACACCCAGAGAAUGUCGCGAUUAUUGAAGAAAAAUAAGGCCUUGUGAAGACUGGAUAGGGCACUGCUACUGUUAAGUACUUUGAGAUGGGACUGUUGUCAUUUGGUUUUUCACACGGUUGCCUCCACGUUCAAAGAGGAGCGAGACCUGAAACCACUAUCAGUUCCCACGGCCUCUGCUGGGUUAAGAGCAACAGCUUUCAUUCUUCACUCUGUAGUAAUGUCAUGUGGUACAGACAACAGUGUUAGCUUUCCUUGCUUUGUUCAACUAGCUACAAGAAUGUCAUUCUUGCAUACAGAGCGGCUGAUGUUAAAUGCACAAAAGAACCAAAUGUAGACGGAUGACAAUGUACAGAAUCCUAUGCAGGACAGAAUAAAAGAAGAAUUCAUGUAUAUUUGUUGUACAGGACCUUGAUUUCAGAUAUUAGCUUUCAGCAGAUUUAUUCUGUACAGAGGUUUAACAUUUUGCCUUUUUUUUCUUCUCCUGUAAAUUUGGUUUCCUGGUGUGCUUUUUUGAUUUUUGCUGCUUUGUUGCUCUUUUUCAAACCACUGUAUAAUGUACUUUGGGUAUAAAUUGUACAGUCCUGUUAAAAUAAUAAUUGCAAAUAAAUGCCGGGAAGCAUC